GGAUUAAGCACUGGUUUGGGUUUCUUAUUUGGGUGUACGAUCUAAUUCAAUGUAGUAAUCCUUUUAUAAAAAGUUAUGUUAAAUGAGAAUGUUUAAAGAAAUGUUAUUAUGUGCUAAUAUCAAUGAAUUAUAAUAAUACUUCCAGUCGUGCUGCAUUGUUCGCGGACAUUAACAGACCUGAGGGGAGUGCGGUGUCCCUCAAGCGCCUCCGUAGUUUUAAACUUUACUAACCUACAGGGCUUUUCGGUGACCAUCGGCCGCUGCAGGACUCACAUCCCUCCAGGAGCCUGCGAUGUUGUGGAAGGUGUACAGUUCUGGGGAGAACAUUAUUGACAUGGCCUUCCUGAAGUCUUCAGCAGCUUGAUGACUCAGGCCAAUUCUGGUGCUGGGAAGAUGGCCACCCAGUGGAGCCGUGUGAACAGUGCUGAGAAAAAGGUUCCCCACACACGCAUGGAGGACGAGGCCGAAAUUCAGCAAAUCUACUCCUUUGGGAGAAAAUUAGGUCAAGGUAACUUCGGGGUCGUCUGCGAAGCCACCCACAUCAAGACGCAGAAAAAGUGGGCCAUUAAAAAGGUGAACAAAGAGAAGGCUGGGAGAUCUGCUGUGAAGCUACUGGAAAGGGAGGUGAAGAUCUUGAAGAGGGUGAACCAUGCACACAUUAUCCAGCUGGAGGAGGUCUUUGAGACACCACAGAGAAUGUACCUGGUCAUAGAGUUGUGUGAGGGAGGAGAACUGAAGAGGCUCCUACAGAACAACAAGCGCUUCAGUGAGGAGGAGACCAGGCUCAUCAUCAGAAACUUAGCUGAGGCAACCGUCUACCUUCACAAACAGGACAUUGUUCACAGGGACCUCAAAUUGGAAAACAUUCUUGUGAAGAAUUAUCGCCAGGGUGAAAAUGAAGGCAUGGUGAAUAUCAAGGUUACAGAUUUCGGUCUUUCCGUGCAGAAAGGUGGUGUUGGCAGUGAGAAUAUGCUGCAAGCAACAUGUGGGACACCCAUCUACAUGGCACCUGAAGUUAUCGAUGGCCAUGAGUACAGCCAGCAGUGUGACGUGUGGAGUAUCGGAGUUAUAAUGUACAUGCUGCUGUGUGGGGAACCUCCCUUCAUGUCCAGCUCAGAAGAUCACCUCUUUGAGAUGAUCAAGAAGGGAGAACUCAACUUCUCUGGGCCUACGUGGAGCAGCGUCAGUGAUGCAGCCAAGCGGGUCCUGCGCUGUUUGCUGAAAGUGGACCCUGCUCACCGCAUCACAGCCAGUGAACUGCUGGACAUUCCCUGGCUCAGAGGAGACACCUCCACCAACACUUCCCCCACUAACGUGCUGGAGAUGAUGCGCCAGUUCCAGGACACCCCAGAAGAGGGCGAUAGUGAAGAGGUGAGCGUGGACUUGGGCAGCCUCUCCCUCAGCCACUUCCUGGCCAAGCCCAUGGCCUCCCUGGAGCCUCCUUCUGCUCCUCCUUCUGCACCUCCUCCAGCUCUGGUGCACAGCAGUGACAGCGACCGGGACGGCACCAACAGCAAGGCCUUCAAACAGUGUCAGAAAAAGAAAACCUCUCCUUCUUCCUCCAACGGUGUGAAGAAGAACGGCACUGCUCUGAAGACCGUGGGAGCUGUCGGUGUCGCCGGUGCUCAGGUAACAAACCUCCUGCUCAGCCGAGCGCAAAGCACCACGCCCCACCGGACACGACGGAAGGCAGCGGCAGGGCCUCCUCUCCCCAGCUCGCCCCCCCGACCGCUGCGGUCCGCCCAGCCAAGAGCCAGAGUCCGUCAGCAUGUAACAUCGGCCCAUCAGACUGCCAGGGCCCUAAACCGGGCCCCGGCUCCAGAGCCAAAAAGAGCAGUUAGGCCCCACCCCCAGCCUCGCCCCCAGUCCCAGCAAGUGGAGCCACCGCGCCGAGUGCCAAAAGAGCGGUGUGCCGUGUCCGGGGUUCGCAGGGUGGUGGCAGGCCUGCAGGAUGCCUGACGGUGGCUGUGAGAGAAUGAAUUCUACAUAUCUCUCAUCUGUCAGGGAUGAAGUACUUUAUUAACACUGGGGAAGGAGAUCAGAAACAGGCCAAAGGAACACAAAGGAACACCUUCCUGCUGUGUCACGUUGUUGGGCUGGAGAGACGAUCGUUACAGCCCCACUACCCCGUCCAGGCUGGCUACGAUGCCUGAGCCUUCUUGAGGCACAGUGAAUAUUUAUUCAAAGAUGAAAAGAAAUGAGUAUAUUUCUUGCUUUAAGGGUUAAUAAAGAAUGUAUCAGAGGUUUACAGGGUUUGUUGUAGUUUUUUGACUUUAGAACCAAAGCCACAUGGCCUUAGAUGGAAAAUGAUGAUUUGUCCCCUUUAAAGUGUAAAUGGUGUUGACUCCUCAUAUCCAGACCGAGACCACAGAAUGUGCAUGCUAAUGAACUAAAUGCUGUUUCCCCCCACUUUGCCAAGUCACGAAAGGGAUUCCACUGUAAACAGUUAAUUAAUUUACAUAUUCAAUAAAUCGUAUAAUUCAUGUUCCUUUAA